AAGAGUCCCAUCAGAUCAGUACCAGCACCGACUCGACUCCUCCUGAGUUCGCGGGGAAAAACGCCUACGACCUCCUAGGGGUGUCCGAGACCAGCUCAUUCGCCGAGAUCAAGGCUUCUUUUCGUAAAUUGGCCAAAGAAACCCACCCCGACCUCGCUCAAUCGCCCAAUGAUUCCUCUACUUCCAAUCAGUUCGCAGCUUACGAGGUUUGUUCUUGUGUUGAGUAUCGCAUUCUGUUUUUGCUGCUCAGUNUAGCUGAUGUUGGAACAAGUCAGAUGCAAUCCAAAGGUAUUGAUCAUCAGGCAUCUGAUGCAUAUAAAGAUCUACAAUUGCAGAUAGCAGGGCAGGUUGUUGCUACAGCCAUUAGAGUCCCACCUAGGAGUUAUUGUGAUGGGUUACAGAGAGAAGAUUCUCACGAUCACAUACAUGUGUAUCUCAGCUCAAAUGCAGUGUCUGUGAGUCAGGGGUCUCUAAGAUAUUCCUUUGUGGGUGAUGCAGUUGGAUCUUGGAUCCCACUAGGAGCAAUAACUGGAUUAGGGACGAGCCCUGACGAAGGAUCUUGCUUUGUCUACAAUAACAGGGGUGUUAAAACCCAUUAUUCGGAAGCAAAUUUUAACAGGUUGGUUUGCUUUAAACAUACAAGGGAAGCCUUGACUAUAGUUAUCAGUUAUGAAAUGCAGAUAUUAUCAGAUUCUGAGAAGAGGGCGCUUUAUGAUCGUUAUCUUUUGUCUCAAAGAACACUUGUUCAAAGACAUUCCAGACAAGGUACACUAGUGUACAAAUAUGAAUUUCAUAGAGCAACAGUGAAGCAGAUGGAAGUUGUUGAGUGGUUGAGAUGGUAUAGAUGUGCCAUAAAUGACAUUUUGUCAGAGAAAAGGGUGGUAAUUGCCUCAGGCUAUUUUGAUGUACUGGAAAGGGAUUUCUAUUCAGCCAUACAUGCUGCGUACUAUGGCCCUGAGAUUGAGUCCUUAGAUCUUCUUCCCGACCGUUUUGAAGCUGAGGAGAGGUCUAUAUCUGAAACUCCUGAGGUGCUGCAUUUGGUUUCAGGUCGAGACCUUUUUGGAAUGGUAUGCAUAGCAGCCAAGGUUCCUGAAUUAUCACAUGUAUUUAAGGGAAAACUUGUGUCUUUUACAUCUGUGGGUUCAGACUCGUACCAUUCUGUUGAUAAUGAGGACACUCGAAUGAACUCUGGCAUAGCUGAUGUUGGAACAAGUCAGAUGCAAUCCAAAGGUAUUGAUCAUCAGGCAUCUGAUGCAUAUAAAGAUCUACAAUUGCAGAUAGCAGGGCAGGUUGUUGCUACAGCCAUUAGAGUCCCGCCUAGGAGUUAUUGUGAUGGGUUACAGAGAGAAGAUUCUCACGAUCACAUACAUGUGUAUCUCAGCUCAAAUGCAGUGUCUGUGAGUCAGGGGUCUCUAAGAGAUUCCUUUGUGGGUGAUGCAGUUGGAUCUUGGAUCCCACUAGGAGCAAUAACUGGAUUAGGGACAAGCCCUGACGAAGGAUCUUGCUUUGUCUACAAUAAGGGGUGUUAA